AUGAGCCGCUGGCAUGCGGACUGGUGCACGUCACCUAUUAUCCAAGUCGGCGACGAUCAAAUCCCUCGAUGCGAGAAAUGUCAAACCUCAGCUCACGCUCGACUCAAGACGGCGAACCAGCCAAAUCUUGUGCUUGAAGCACUAAACGACGAAGAAGAAUACGGGAGUCUCAACCUCAGCUGGCCGCCUACAGUCACAUUCACCUCUGGGGAAAGCGCAACACGUCCACCAGCCGAUAAGAGCAAGGACGAUCAAGGGGCUCAGCCGGCUCCAUGCCACUCCUCUGAUUCGGCCGUCGUAGGUCAUGGUACUGUCACUGCGCUUUCAUCAGAUGAAUUCCGCCUAGCUGUUCUCCAUGCGGUCGGGGACAAAGGCAAAUCGUAUCCCAUACAUGUGGACUUGGAGUCAUACAAGGAUACGCACUUCCCUGACUAUGAUGCCGUGUCAUACACAUGGGGCGAUGAGAAUGGCAACUCCGAACGUUGUCACCCAAUCUACACUGACGAUCACUGGGACAUCAUCUUUCAAACCAAAAAUUGCUGCGACAUGUUGAGAUACUUACGCUCAUCCCGAGGUAUGAAGUUGAUUUGGAUCGACGCAAUCUGUAUCGACCAGAACAAUACGGACGAGAGGUCUUCACAAGUGGCCAAAAUGGGCCAGAUAUACUCGAGAUGCUCGCAAGUAUGGGCUUGGAUGGGCGAUGAUUUGGUAUCAAAUGAUCUGCAAGGUUUGCCGGAGCGACGAUGGCUUCACGAGCUUGGAACAACGUCAGGUUGUAGUGUGACGUUCUCACAGAGCCGCCCUAUCCAGAAUAUUCGGGUACUAUUGCAGAGAAGAUACUUUCGCCGGGUUUGGAUCAUACAAGAAUUGGUGCUCGCCCCGCGCGUUCUCAUUCCAAUUGGGAACGUGAUCUUCACAGCGGAUCAUACCACGGCUCGCAAGCUCACAAAGUCGGAAAACGACUCGACGAACAAGAGCAAGAUAUCUUGGAAGAAAACAGAAGCCCCUUGGUUGGAGCACAUUGCUCAAGGACGUAUUGACGGCUUGAGUCUCUGGGAUAUGGUUGCACUGACCUCAAAGUCGCAUGCUUCAGACUUUCGGGACAAGCUAUACGGCAUUCUCGGUCUCCUGUCCUUUGGAAGUAACAACAACUUGCUGCAGCCCAAUUACGCUAUCUCAGCCCGCCAGAUGGUUAUUGGGUUUGUUGCGCACUGCAUCAUCAACGAGGGAAAACCUCAGCUCUUGUUAGCGGCCCAAGGCUAUUCUGCGCAGAAGGACCCAUCCUGGCUUCUUGCCUGGGAGACGCAACAGUCUUGGGAACAGUCAUUCGAUUGUGCUGCGCGUAGACAAAGAGUUAUAGGAGACUACCUUGAGUUUGAGUUUGAGAUUGAUUUUGCAUUUCGAAUGCAUGGCGUGCCUUCCAUUCAUCGAUGGCGUGGGAAUGGCGCAAAGCCGGGGAGCAAAAUAGGCUGCUUUGGCGGAGACUUCCUCAGUUGCAAUAUGGAAGCAACGAAACUCAUGAGGAUCUAG